GGAGAUGGAAGGAGAAGGACUCCUGCUCUCCCUCGUUCUCUCUCUCUCUCCCCUCCCCGCCCCACCGUCUCGUUAAUAGCGUAGGCGCACGCGCACUGAUCCCUCCCGUCUCUAUGGGAACCAACAUCCGCGCGCUACGGGGCCGAGGCCGAAGCCGGUUGGCGAUGUAAAAGGAGAGACCGUUUGGUUCGGAGCUUCCAUGUCGCGGAGGCGCCUCUCCGCCACUCCGGAGCUGAGCUGGCGCCAGAACCAAGCUCUGAGCAGCACUGUGCGCAUCGUAAGGGAGUUGGGGCCCACCGCUUUCGUCCUGCAGGAAGAAGACCAGCGAGCGUCGGAGCACAGGGUUUCUCUGGGGAACCCUCAUUCAUGCAGCUGCUCAACAUUUGUGAAAGAAAAGGAUCUCUGUAAACAUAUCUGCUGGUUACUGUUGAAAAAAUUCAAACUGCCAAGAGAUCAUGAAUAUGCUUUAAAGUUGGGCCUUGUGGAAAGGGAAAUUAACUACGUGCUUCAAGGUCCACAAGUUGCUCCCCAAGCAAAGGUAUCUGCUAAUUCCACAAAGGAGCUGCAGACAGCUGAUGAUGGGUACAUCAAACAAAAAGAAAUUGAUAAUGAGGGUGUAUGUCCAAUUUGCCAGGACAUGCUACUCAAGAAAAUGCUUCCCGUCACUUACUGCAGGUUUGGUUGUGGCAACAACAUACACAUAGUAUGUAUGAAGAUCUGGGCUGAUCAUCAGAUAGACUUAGAGAAAGAUUCUUUGGUGAAGUGCCCUCUCUGUAGGGAAGAUUUUGCACCAUUGAAGCUCCUAUUGGAAGAAUUCAGAAACAGCAAAAGACUCAUGACUGUAGCAGAGAAACAGCGCCUUGACAGACACCUUGGAAUCCCUUGCAAUAAUUGCAGAGUAUGCCCCAUUGAAGGAAAUUGCUACAAGUGUACUGAGUGUAGUGAAUAUCACCUGUGCCAUGGAUGUUUUAGAAGUUUUUGUCAUCCUUCACAUAUCUUUGUUUUCCGAGAGAAAAGGAAUCAGAGAUGGAGGUCAGUUGAACCAGUAGUACAACUAUCAACUGUAGGAGAAAAUCUGCCGAGCUUUAAUCAAGAGGAGAACUCUAAAGAGGAAAAGGACAGGGAGAGGUUCAGUUGCAUACCAGAGCAAAUAAUAACCUCAUUGCCUACUGUGCUGGUUAGAAAAUGCAGCAGUUUACUUGAUCCAGGUUUGCAAUGUAGACUCUGUCUGAAGGUCUUUCGCCUUGGCCAAAUUACAAGAUACUUGCCAUGUAAUCACAAGUUCCACAGGAAAUGCAUUGACCAUUGGUUGCACAAAGAAAAUGCAUGCCCCAUUGAUGGACAUAUUGUGUAUAAUCCAUUAACCUGGGACAGUGUACCAAGCAAUGGCACAGUAAACCCAAUAACAUCUCAAGCAAAGAAUAAGAUUACAAAGCAGAAUGAGCAGGAACUUUUUAUACCAGGUACUGGACUGCUCGCCAAGCAAAUGAAACCUGGUCAUGUCCCUGAGAAGUCUCAAGAAUGCUGUAACAAAAAGAAAAGUCCUUCAGAGUUUGAACAAAAUCUAACACUGAGUGGUUUUAGCUAUACUUGUACAAGAAAUUCUGCUUCUAGCUUGCAUAGCACCCAGACAACCAGAAAUUUGAAGUUUUCUAGAUACGCUAAGGGUUUGGCACUUACUCCAAAGCCUCGUGCUGAUGUGUUUACACAGAAGGCAAUUGGCACUGCCUUAAGAGGUUUAUUUGUAAAUGGAAAUGCUGAUUAGGAUUGUAUUCAUGACACAUUUACUUGGGAGUAAGCCCCAUUGAAUUCAGUGGGAUUGACUUCUGAGUAAAUGUGUAUGGGAUCAGGAUGCAAGUUUAAUACAUUUCAAGAGAAAUAUUAGAAUUUAUUAUAGUCUUGUUCACUCUUCAGUUUGGCAUUAGGAGUGAUUCACAAAAAAUAGUGUGUAUUUUAACAUUUAAAAAACUAACUUACUGUAAAUUAGUAUUUCAUCUGGCAAAUUAAGGCUGGCAAUAUUAUGCUUACACAAAUCUCAAAUAUAUAUACUUAUUUCCAUUAAUGAAUACAAUGGUAAGAAAAAAAUCAUUUGCCAUUUAAGAUUUUUGAUGUUAAUAUAAAUUUUUUUGCCCUGAUGUUAUGUAUCGUAAAUUAGACAGAGAAUAUUGUGCACAAAUGGCUGCUGUGCAUAUGUUCCUAGCCUGAUUCAACAGCAGGAACUGCAGAUGUGUAACCUUUUAAAAAAAGUUUUGAAACCUCAGAGCAGCUGUUCAGCAGGGCAAAACAGGGAGUAGGAUUCUUCCUUCCCUAAAUAGCUUACAAGGUUUUUGCUUUUAGAAAACAUUUACGUAUAUACUAUGUUGACUUGGAGCCAUGGUUUCUGCAGCAUUUCCUUUUACACAAGUACUCCAAAACAUUUUAUGUAUUAUGGAUAAAUGAACCAAAGAAUAUACCACUGAUGAGAACCAGGAUGUUUCAAACAAAGAUGCAAAGCUUAUAAUAAGCUGAGGGUGCAGAACAUGUUAUAAAAAGUCUGUAAUAGCAAGAGAAGAAAUCUGAAUAAAGAACUACAUAGUUAUGAUCCCCUUGCCUUGAAUUGUGGCAGGCAAGAUUCCUGUGCAAACUUGUAGGAAAGUUGUGAGUAGUUGCUGGAUGACAUUCCUAGGAAUGGAAGCCAAGCUUAGCAUAUCUAUUAUUUCGUUAUAUUUACAGCAGUUUUAUUGAGCAAUGUUUAUUUAAAACAAAUUUACAUAGAACCUAAUCUGCAUCUUUAAAUUUCUAUGUAUUUGUACCCAUAAAUGCAGUCCCUGAAGUGAUAUAAAAUCACUUGAUAAAAACAAGAAUCUUCUUUGUCCAUAGAAGUGGAAACAAAGUGAAUUAAAAUAUUAUAUCCUGCAGAAAGAGAAGUAGCUCGCACAAUUUGCAUCAUACAUAUAAUGGCACUGUAGUAAAAGGUAUGCAUUUUAUGGAAGAUAGGCUUCCUGAACAAGUACAAAGAGAGUACACAUAAAUGUCAAUAGGAAACUUAACAUCUCUGCUCCAUGAAUAAUAAAUCUUGUGUAGACCAAUCAGCUUGUAUGUACAGAGAUCAAAAACAGGUGUCUACAAAAGAGUCAGGUUCUUAAUUUAUUAUAAAUAUACUGAUGUGGUCCACAUAUGUGAGCCUUACG